AUGCUGACCAUUCCAACUGUUUGGGCUAAAACGCGACCUAAAUUUUUUCUUUACACUACUACAAGUCAUCUUGUGACAGUAGACACAUCAUUGAAAUCAACAAACCUCAUAGAGAAAUCAUCGAGACGACGAGCGGUUGGUGGCUGUUUUUGGUGCAAAUGUUUACUUUGUUGUACAUUGACGAGCGUUUUACUAAUGAUAAUUCCGUUGAGGAUUUUGCUUGGCUUAUGGCUAUCGGGAAAUUCAUCGGCAACAUCGGUUACCGACACAACUACAGCAAGUUCAACAACGUUGGCAAAUAACACGGGCAACACAUCUCAAACAGCGACGACCACAGACACGACAACUACAGUAACCGGAUGUCCAACUACUAAUGCAGGAAAUUUAUUCAAUUAUACAGGAACUGGUCCUCUCGGCUGGAAAUUGUAUACACUCACUUGGGUGGCUACCACUUAUCAGCCAUCCCUUGUAUUCUCAUUUAUGAUAAGUGGCUCCCGUGAAUUAUUUUUGGACGAUGUGAGUGUUGCUGAUGCUAGUCAAGCAGGUGUGAAUUUGCUACGUAACGGUGACUUUGAAAUUUCGACAAAGGUAGCUGUCGAAUGGUACGAUUGGUGUGGCAACAAUUGCAUUGGAAGUAAAGGAUAUAUAAAUACUGGCAGUCUGUGUCAUGGAAAAAAUGGCAAUUGUUAUGCAAAUGCAUGUGGCACAUCCAAUGUGGUGGAAUUCUUGAGCCAAGGAUUUCCAGCAACAGUUGGACUUACUUACACAAUUAAGUUUUUUUUGAAAGGAACUGGAAAUGGUCCCAAUAUUCCAUUUGCGGUCAGCAUUUACUAA